CGGCGGCAAGCUAGUACUGUUCGUCGAUGGAGAUGGCGGCGCCGGCGAAGAGCAGCGCCGACAGCGUCGUCGCCCAUGGCGGCGACGACGUCGGCGAAGAGCAGCGUCGACGGCGUCGUCGUCCAGACACCAAGGAGGAGGGAGGAGGCGACGGCGACGGCUGCGCCAGCCACCACCAUCCUGCCGUCGACGUCGAGGCAGGAGGCACCCACGGCAGCGAUGCGGCGAGCGCCGCCGCCGCCGCACCGCCGCCUUCGCCGACGACGACGACGCGGCGGCGCCUCGUGUCGCUCGACGUCUUCAGGGGAAUCACCGUCGCGCUGAUGAUCCUUGUGGAUGAUGUUGGUGGCAUUGUCCCAGCGAUCAGCCACUCUCCAUGGGAUGGUGUGACAUUGGCAGAUUUUGUAUUCCCUUUCUUCCUCUUCAUCGUCGGAGUUUCUUUAGCCUUUGCCUAUAAGAAAGUGCCAAACAAAGUGAUGGCAACCAAAAAGGCUGUGCUUCGUGCUCUGAAACUCUUCAUUGUGGGCCUUAUUUUGCAAGGUGGCUUCUUCCACCCUCUUCAUGAUCUUAACUAUGGUGUCGAUAUCCACAAAAUAAGGUUAAUGGGCGUACUACAGAGGAUUGCAAUAGCCUACUUAGUGGUGGCGCUUUGCGAAAUCGGGCUAAGGGUUAGUAGUGGUGGUGGUGACAUUGGCUGUGACUAUAUGUUAAUCAGAAGAUACCAUCGUCAGAUGCUUGUGGGUUUGGUUCUGGUGGUCAUGUACCUGGUGAUUUUGUAUGGUUUGUACGUGCCAGAUUGGGGGUAUGAGGUCACAUCUCCUGGCUCAACUGUGAAGCGUUUUCUUCAAGUGAAAUGUGGAGUGAGAGGAGAUACAGGGCCAGGUUGCAAUGCUGUUGGCAUGAUUGAUCGGUCUGUUCUUGGAAUCCAACAUCUCUAUACGCGUCCGGUUUAUCUGAAAACAAAGCAAUGCAGCAUGGACUCUCCACGCAAUGGACCUCUUCCACCUGACGCUCCCUCAUGGUGUGAAGCUCCAUUUGACCCUGAAGGCGUUCUCAGCUCGUUGAUGGCGAUAGUAACAUGCUUAAUUGGUCUCCAGAUCGGGCAUGUAAUUAUCCACUUCAAGAAGCACGAGGAGAGGAUAGUGAGAUGGUCGAUCCCAUCGUUAUGCUUGCUCACUCUUGGCGUCUCUCUUCAUCUUUUCGGUCUGCACAUGAACAAAUCAUUGUACAGCCUGAGCUACACCUGUGUCACCACAGGCACUGCUGGUUUAUUCUUUGUGGUAAUCUACCUGCUGGUGGAUGUGAAAGGGUACAAGAGGCUGGCUUUUCCCAUGGAGUGGAUGGGCAAGCAUGCUCUGAUGAUCUUUGUUCUUGUAGCUUGCAACAUUGUGCCAGUACUUGUUCAGGGCUUCUACUGGAAGGAGCCCAGAAAUAACCUUUUGAAACUCAUUGGAAUAGGAGGCUAGCUGAUGAAUGAAUUAUAUCUUGCUAAAGCUCAUGACAGGAGAUCUGCAAGCACGCAAGAUUAUCAAUUGAAGUAUUUAAGUACUGAUUUAUUUCCGGAAAAAAACUGGUCAAGGGACUGGCAUAAGCAAGGCAAUGCCCAAUAAAUCAUCAAUCGAAUGAUUAAUAAAUUCAGCUAGAUGAUGCAGAUACUACUAGAAUGAAUUGUAAUGAACUAGGGAGAUCUGAUUCAGUCCCUUCAGAUUAAUUGGAGGGGAAAAAAACUCUUGAGCUGAAUUUUAGAUGACUAGUGUUACUUGGUUUCUUGAUUAAUGCUUCAGAAGUGUCUUUAGUUAAGGCAGAAAAUAAUAUUAAAGCAUAUUAUUUUAGUCUAACUUGGCUGAAUAUAUUCCACUCCUCAAUGCCCUGUGUCAGUGACAUAUUAUGCCCUAUAAAGUAUUAUAAGCUUAGCGUGAAUGCAAUUCAAAUACUGAGUUAUGGAUUACACAUA